AUGCAAACUUCACAUUCUUCUUCUUAUGCUUUUCAGCUAGCUGAGAUAGUGAACCAAGGGAAGUUAGUUUCUGAUGAAAUUAUCUUCAACUUGUUAUCAAAAAGACUAGAAGCUGGAGAAUCAAAAGGCGAAUCAGGAUUCAUUCUUGAUGGUUUUCCUCGAACCAUAAGACAAGCUGAAAUUCUAGACGAGGUGACAGAAAUUGAUUUGGUGGUGAAUCUGAAACUGAGGGAAGAUGUGUUGGUUGAGAAAUGUCUUGGAAGAAGGAUAUGCAGCCAAUGUGGAAAAGGUUUCAAUGUGGCUUCCAUUAAUGCAAAAGCAGAAAAUGGAAGACCUGCAAUGAGCAUGGCCCCACUUCUUCCACCUUCACACUGUUCCACCAAGCUCAUCACUCGUGCUGAUGACACUGAAGAAGUUGUCAAAGAGCGACUUCGUGUCUAUCAUGAAAAGAGUCAACCUGUUGAGGAUUUCUACAGGGAACAAGGGAAGAUAAUGGAGUUUGAUCUGCCUGGAGGGAUUCCAGAAUCAUGGCCAAAGUUGCUUGAAGCUCUUAACCUUGAAGACUAUGAGGUUAAAAGGUCGGCUGUGGCUUAAUUAGUAGGGGCUUUUUGGUCUUUUUAUAAUCGAUAUGAUUAUUUGCAUGCGUAAUUUUUGCAUGUGGAGCAAAUUUUGGAAGAAAGAAUAAAGAAAGAAAAAUACAGUUGUUGAUUAUUUUGGUUUUCUUGUUAAAUAACCAAAACAUGAGGAAGUGUUGUAAGCUGUCAAGUUAUGAUAUGAUGGCUGCUGCCUUCGAAUAUUUUUUGUAAUUUGUAACGUUAUUAUGAAGAGAGACAC